CCGCCCUCCACUUUCAGUAAGGACGACAACGUUUCACUUCUAACUUUCCCUUUCUCUUCCAUCUCAGCCCCAUACCAUACGCAUCAUCUGGCAAAUCUGGAACCUCCAGAAACCCUCUGCUUUCUCUCUGGGCAAUGGCAACGGCAGUGCCGGUAAUACAGUCAAUGACAAACUACAAGCAAACACAACGCAUAGUUCUGUUAAUGGACCUAAACCCAUCUCUCCAUCUCCAAAACCCAAACCCAUACCUAAUCUCUCUUAUGUCCACUGCUAAAACUCUUCUUUCAUUCCCUCAGCUUUCCUCUUCUCUCUUUUCCUUUAAACCAUUUUUCUCCUCUCUCUCUCCUCUUCUCUCUUCCUCCAGACUCUCCAUUCCUUCACUUUCUCUCUCCUUUAACCCCCCAAACACAACUCUCGAUUCUCUCUCACAUUUCCUUACUUCUCUCUUAACCACUACUGAUAAAGUUUCAAUUCCGUCUUCCUCGCCGCGCGCUUUACACCUAUCUGCCUCUUUGCGCCAGCUUGUUCAUGAUUACGCGUGGGACUCUAUAAUCUCUGACGACGGUGGUGAUCAUUCACUGUCUGGUACGCUUUUGAAUUGUGUUAAACCUAAUUUAGUUGUUCUGUUUUCGCCGAUUAUUAGGUCGUUGAAUGGUUUGUGUGAGUUUUUUGAUAUGGAAUUGAGUGAUGCUGAUGAGUUUGUUGACAAGUUUCGUGAGGUUUUUCAGAGUGUCAAUGAUGCUUUUGUUAGUAAAGGCAUUCAUUUUAGUUGGGUUGAUGUCAAGUAUGAGACUGGGUGUGAUGAUGCUUUUGAUGAGUCUGGGGUUUUUGAGAGUGGGAUUAGGGAUUUAGGAUGGGGUAUUUGUUCUAGUGAUUGUAUUGUUUUAGGUUCUGCAUUACUUCCUUUUGGAUUAAUUUAUCCAAGGAUUGGGAUUUCCCCAAAGUUUGUGAAUUUUGAUGAUAGUCUUAAGCCAAUUCAUGCGCAAUUGAUUCUCGAGAUACUAGAUGUUAAUGGAAAGCCUUUGGAAUGUAAGUGCUGUGAUCUAGAAUUGGUCAAUUUGAACAUAUUUUCUGCAAUUACUUCAAAAUUGAUUUGGGAAGAUUUUAGACAUGGAAUUAUAAAACUUCAUGUUAAGGCAGUACAAAAUAGUGAGAAAUGUGUUAAAUUUGAUGGGUUUACCUUAUCCAAUCCCGUUAUUGUGCGCGAGUUAUCAGGGGUUUCUGGUGGUCAAAAAGAAAGUUGCAGUGAAUUUUUUGAAGAUAGGGUUCUUGAAAUCCUGGGUGUGCAAUUGGGUGAAUUGGUGCCAAGAAAAUCUAUACCUAUUUUGCAAAUUCUCUUCAGUUUUCUGUACAGACAAGAUUAUUGGGCUUUGGUAUCUCUUUCAAAUAGCAAUGGCAAUUCACUGGAAGGAAUUAUGAAGCCUUUCACAGUUUCUUUAGCUUUACUCUCGAUUGUAAAAUUCAACCCUAAUAAUGAAUUUGAUGGAGCAGGUUUUCAUCAAUCCGUUAUGAAGUCUGAAACUAAAAAUUGUGAAUCCAAAUCUGACAUUAGCCACUCCUUUGGACUGGUAGGUUCUCAGUUCACGCCUUCACCUUCAAAUAAGGAUGUUGAAAUUGAAGAUAGUAAACGGAAAAAGACCAAAAAAAGUUUAAAUAUGCUUCAGGAAUUAACAUGGAGCGCCUUUUAUAAGGCGGCAUUGGAUCACUUUGACUUAGAUUUGGAAGAUGUUUACUUUGCCAGGGGAUGUAGCAAGUCAAAGAAGUUGAAAUUUUUGAGAUGCUGGAUAAAACAGAUUAAGAAAUCUAGCAAUUGUAGCUUGACUGAACUGGAGGGAUCUAAGCUGCAACAGGACAUCCCAAAAGAAGUAGUCAAUAGAUUAACCAAGUUACCUCAGGAAUGUGAACAGCCAAUUGCUUCAUGCUCCUCAGUGGCAGAGGAUUCUUUAAGUGGGGCCUCUAGAAUACAGGAUGAAGUUGUUAUGGGUCUUUGCUCAGAAUCCUUGGAAAGUUUCUUAAAUAAUCUUCCUCACAAAAUCCAGCAAGGGCUUGAAUCUGAAGAAGUAGACCUGGCAUCUUUGGCAAAUAGACUUGUCAAUUCAUCUAUCUUUUGGUUAUACCAAAAGUACGAAAAAGAAACGAUGUCGGAGAGUCAAAUCCAUGUUGUAAAAUCUGACGAUCCUUCUAGUAGUAUAGUGGCUCUUCAGCUAACGAAUCUAUUACUUGUAGAUCCUAAGGACUUGGCUACUGUGCAUAAAAAUGGUCAUCGGUCCUCUCAUGCAUCAUCUGAAGCUACUUCAGAAAACAUAAUUAGAGAAUAUGAAUUGCAGAUUUUGUUUCGCAUGGAGAUACUCCAAUCAGAGGUUGGAGCAAGUUUUGUUGAGUCGACAAAGCAAAAGUUUGCAAAGCAAAUUUGUUUGCUUUUGGAGAACGUUCAGUGCCAUUUGCAGGGGGACUUUUUUGGAGAUUGGAGCCUUGAUAAAUAUGUGGAGAAGAUCAUAAAAAGCAGGUAUGGUCAGAGCCUUGGGGAUGUGGUUGAGAAAAUUUAUGAAAGAAUGGAUCUCUUGCUGUUUGAGGAUGAGGAAGAAACUGCCAACACUUUACUCAAUAGUGAGGAGAGUAGUCAAUCCUGGAGAGAAAAACACAAAAGAGAUGAAGCGGAUGAAAACUGUAUAAAGAAUAAUCAAGUUUCGACAGAAGAGGAGCCCUUUCAAGGGGCGGAAAAUGAGCAUCAAAGCCUGCAAGGGGAGGAGCAUGCUCGUAAACUACUUGAAGCUCAGCAACGGAGACAAAGGGCUCGUAGAUUUGCAUCUUUCACAAGCUGGGUUCCAGAUUUGCAGAGAGUUUGGGCGCCAAAGCAGCCAAAGGCAAUGAAAGUGAAUUCAGAUCAUGUUCGGAAGUUUUCAAAAAGGAAAGAGAAGGGAAGGUUAAGCUAUGAUACAGUAUGUGAGACUCCCAUGAGUGGAUUGAAACGUUCUUGCGGCAGGGGAGGUGGUAGUAGUGGUGAAAAAGACUACCAAGAUACUGGCAGCUCUUUGCGCGGUUCUGUUUCAAAGGCUUUGUUUCAAGAUGACUGACUGAUGACGCAAGUUCUUAGUAGGCCCUUCAUCUCUCAUAUUCAUUCUUAACAAAUAAUAAAUUGUGCUUCGUGACAACCUGUAUAUUACCACAGGCCCGCACCUUGCACCUUACCUCAUUUUCUCACUAUUUGUAAAAAAUAGGCUGUAAUUUUUAUAUAUCUAAGAUAAAAAAAGAUGUCAACUUUUUUA